UCUUGGCGCAUCCAACCCACUCCACACUUCUUCCUUCUCUUCUUUCUGCCUGCAACGCGGGCAGGCAUUGCAGACCACCGGAAGCUUGGGUUCAUACGACACGCACCCCACCUCAUGGGAACUCAAGUUCCAUCUCCCCCGGAAGCCUACGUCAGCAACCAGGACAAGACGCAGAAGGAAAAGUCGAUCGAUGACUGGUUGCCCAUCACAUCGUCGAGGAACGCCAAGUGGUGGUACUCCGCCUUCCACAAUGUCACGGCCAUGGUGGGAGCUGGCGUCCUCAGCCUGCCCUAUGCCAUGUCGGAACUUGGAUGGGGACCUGGCAUCGCCGUGCUGAUUCUGUCGUGGGUCAUCACCCUGUAUACUCUGUGGCAGAUGGUGGAGAUGCACGAGAUGGUGCCGGGGAAGCGGUUCGAUCGGUACCACGAACUGGGGCAGCACGCCUUCGGCGACAAGCUCGGCCUCUGGAUCGUCGUCCCGCAGCAACUGGUCGUGGAGGUGGGCGUCAACAUCGUCUACAUGGUCACCGGCGGCAAGUCCCUCAAGAAGUUCCACGACGUCGUCUGUACCGACUGCAAGUCCAUCAAGCUCACUUACUUCAUCAUGAUCUUCGGCUCCGUCCACUUCGUCCUAUCCCAGCUGCCCAACUUCAACUCCAUCUCCGGCGUCUCCUUGGCCGCUGCAGUCAUGUCUCUCAGCUACUCCACCAUUGCGUGGGGAGCAUCCGUCGACAAGGGGAAGCAGGAGAACGUGGAGUACGGAUACAAGGCCGCAAGCACAUCAGGCACCGUCUUCAACUUCUUGAGCGCACUGGGAGACGUCGCCUUCGCCUACGCUGGCCACAACGUGGUCUUGGAGAUCCAAGCCACCAUUCCUUCUACUCCCGAGAAGCCUUCCAAGAAACCCAUGUGGAGGGGCGUCAUCGUCGCGUACAUCGUCGUAGCGCUCUGUUACUUCCCUGUCGCGCUCGUUGGUUACUGGGCAUUCGGCAACGCCGUCGACGACAACAUCCUCUUGACACUGGAGAAGCCUCGAUGGCUGAUCGCCGUGGCCAACAUGAUGGUCGUCGUCCAUGUCAUCGGCAGCUACCAGAUCUAUGCCAUGCCUGUCUUCGACAUGAUCGAAACGGUGCUCGUCAAGAAGCUUCAUUUCCCGCCCGGUCUCACUCUUCGCCUGAUUGCACGCAGUGUUUAUGUUGCCUUCACAAUGUUCAUCGGUAUGACCUUCCCAUUCUUCGGCGGACUGCUCGGGUUCUUUGGUGGAUUUGCAUUUGCGCCAACCACAUACUUCCUUCCUUGCAUCAUGUGGCUUGCCAUUUACAAUCCUAGAAGAUUCAGCUUGUCUUGGAUCACUAACUGGAUCUGCAUUAUAUUCGGAGUCCUGUUGAUGAUUUUGUCUCCCAUUGGCGGACUACGGCAGAUCAUCAUAGACGCAAAGAACUACACGUUCUACUCGUAGGCUGCCAGUCUAUAUAUAGAUUCGGUGAUUCGUUCCCUGUCUAAAGGCGACGAACAGUUUAGAGACAGGUGAAGAACAAUUGUUGUUUGCAUGGUAAAGGGAAGUGCGUGUUUUAUGGUAGAUUAUGGUGGCUUAAUAAUCCAGGAGAAAAGGGUGCGUGUGUUUGGAGUGUGAUCGGUACACGAUGGAUUUGGUGUUUGUCUUUUUUGCUAAAUCUUUCUUCUGUCGAUCAAAAGCUAUAUGAUCUUAAUGUUUUUGACAA